UUCUUUGGCGUCAGCAUGGUGGUCCCCUUAUUAAGCCUUCAUGUCAAGUCUUUGGGAGCGAGCCCGACGGUGGCAGGAGUGGUAGGAUCUUUAUAUGGAGUACUGCAGCUCUUUUCCAGCACCUUGGUGGGAUAUUGGAGUGAUGUAGUAGGAAGACCCUAUUGCCUACUUUCCUGCAUUUUCUUCAGUGCAAUCGGUUAUUUUGUCCUUGGCAUGUCCACCAAUGUGUUUUUAUUUGCUGUUGCCCGGAUUAUUGUUGGGAUUUUUAAACACACACACUCUGUUUCAAAAGUUCUCAUUUCUGACUUGGUUUCCGAGAGACAGCGCCUUCUCGUCAUAGGACGCUUCAACUCAGCCUCCAAUUUUGGAUUCAUUCUGGGACCAGUGGUUGGAGGCUACCUUACUGAGCUAGAGGGUGGCUUUUACCUGACAGCCUUCAUCUGUGGUUCAAUUUUCAUCUUGAAUGCUGGCCUUUGCUGGAUGAUGCUAUCUGAUGAAGAAAACAUGCCUGGUAAGGGAUGGAUCAGUAGCAACAAGGCAAGGCCCUCAGCAGAAGCAGAACAAAUCCUGCAGAUUCAACCUGUGUCUUAUGAAGCUGUAAAGUGUAAUAUUCUUACCAGAUCGUCUUGGGCUGGGUUUGUAUCGAUGCCGAAGAAUCUUAGCAACAUUGCAAGUUCUGAUCUGUGGGAUAUUUUUCUUGUACGACUACUGAUGUCUAUUGCAGUAAUGCUGUAUCACAGCAACUUUGUCUUGGCACUUGAAGAAAGGUUUGGGAUGAAGCCUAAACUCACUGGCUACCUCAUAAGCUACAGCAGCACGCUUGGAGUAGCUGCAGGCUUUCUGCUUGGACCAAUCGCAAGACUAUAUCAGCACAAUAACUAUGCCAUUUUAUUAAGAUCCACCAUCCUCACUAGUUUGCUGUUAACGCUGUAUUCUUCAUCAGCCAGUAUAUGGACAGUGAUCUUGUCCUCCACAAUUCUAGCGUUUUCUACCACUGUCGGGCGUACUUGCAUUACUGAUCUAGAGUUGACUCUGGGCGGAAACCAGGCCAGUGGCAUGCUCAUAGGCAUUGGCCAAUCUGUGUCAGCUGUGGGCCGCACAGUUGCCCCUCUUCUCUCAGGAAUUGCCCAGGAGUUCAGUCCAUGUGGCCCCCCCAGUCUCGGAGCUGUGUUGGGGUUUGUUGCUGUUCUGAUCAUGUUUUUUAAUCAACCACGAUACUGUAGCAAUAGGGAUUCCAAACUGAAAGCUGCGUAG